AUGUUUAACAAGGAAGUGGCAAGAGAAGGUCCACUUCCUAGGGGAAUGUCCAUGGCUGAUCGUCCAGGUUCUCGUUCUAUGGCUAUGGAGAGACCAGAUACCCGCCAAACGUCGUCAUAUGGUGACCGGACGAUGUCAAGGCAGGGGGAUGGGAACAGCAGACCCACAACAUCAGGUCGUCCCAUCACAGCUCGUCCAAUCAGUGCAGCACUGCGAAAUGCACCUGGAACAGCAUCUAGACUCCUUUCUACUGCUAGUGUACAGCGCCCAGGAGCAAGGACUGGGGUAGCCACUGGUAUAGGGUUUAAUACACCGAUCAACGUGGUGGACAGACCCAUCACCCAGCAAGGACUUAGUGGCAUGAAAACAUCAUCACGUGGACCUCAGAGGCAGGUCCAGGACAAGAGCUACUUCAUGGGCCAGCUACGCACCAAGAUCACGGACCUGGGCACGGAGAUCACACACCUCAGCACAGAGAUUGACAAGAUGAAGCAGGAACAGUCCACCUUCCUCACGUAUGACAAACAGCUUCAGGGAACAUUAGGAGAUUACAAUCUGCUGGUAGACCUCUUAAACACGGACACCGAACAGAUUGAGAUUGAAGAGGAGAUCAAGGCCCUGAAGGAAACCAACAAGGAGGAAGCAGACAAGCUUGACUCCCUUUUCUCACACAAGCAGGAUCUCGAGUCCAUGAUGAGGCAGCUGGAAGUUGAUAUUGAAGAGGAAAGGCACAUGGGUGAGAGCCUGUUGGAGGCGAUGCAGCCAAACCUGCGGCAGAAAUACUUUGAGCUGCGGCAGACCAAUACCACCCUUCUUCAGCAGCUGGACCAAAUGCAGCUGGAGUUAGAUGCCCUUGAUAACAGGAAAGCUGCAUUAGAGGAUGAACUGGCUCUAUCAAAGGUGAAGCAGGAAGCUGUGGGCUUAUAUGAAAAGCUUCAGGACCUGGAGGAGAAAAAAUCUGAGAUUAUCAGUGAGAAUCAAAAAAGAGGAACACCUAAAGAAGAAAGAGAGAGGCUCUUGCUUCAGGUUAAAGAAGACAAUGCAGAGAUUGCAACAAUGGAACGUCAGAUUGGAGAGGUUCAGGAUCAAAUACGCAGAGUCCAGGAAGAACUUCAGCAGUUGGAUCAGGAUUUAGAAGAAAACCAGAGUGAGAGAAGCCAGAAAUACAGAGAACUAAGGAAACGUGAGGAAACAAUGGAACAGUUCUUGGCCACUUUUGAUAAGAAUAAACAGGAUGAGGUACAGCGAUUGGAUUCUCUGGAAAAGAAUAAUGUUGCUUUACUUGAAAAGCUUUCCCGCAAUCUGGCCCAUUUCAAUCACCUCCCUAGUACACGUGACUUCGACAUUAUGCAGUCUGACUUGGCUUUCAAGGAAGGAGAGUUAGAGAAGUCGAAAUACACAGAGCAAGGACUGAAGCAGGAACACCUAAAUUUGCAGUCCAAUCUGCAAAAGAUUGAAGCGCUGGAACUAAAGAUUCAAAAGGAGAUGGUAGAACUGAAGGAAAAAUUGGCUAAGAUGGAAAAGGAGAUGGUUGAGUUCUCUGACUUGGAUGGCCUAAGAACGAGAGCUGAGGAGAAGAGAAGGAACUUAGCUGAUGAGAAAGAGCAGCUGGAUGAGAGGAAGGGUGCAGUUACUCAGAAUCUUCAGGAGAUUGAGAGUACAGUCAAAUCACUUAAGAAACAACUAAAUGAAAAUGAAACCUACACUCAGCUAACAAAUCUUGAGAAGAAAUGGGCACAUUUUGAACAAUCAAACUUCACUCUCCAGGAAUUUGUAGCACAAAGAAGAGCAGAGUCGAAUUUCCUGCCUCUUCAGAACCAGGCUAUGAAACUUGUCCAAGAAUAUAACAAGGUACUGCAGGAUGUAGUGCAGAGUGGCACCAUCAUGUGAAAAUGUUUCUGCAAAUGGUGUAAAAUGUGUAGGGAUCCCAGUUCUACCUACCAAAGAGCAGGCAUUAUGUUGCUUCUUUAAUCCAGUUCAGAACUGAGAAUGUCUUGGGUGAUUUUAACUACACUAUACUGGUUCUAAAGUGUAUUACAAUAAAAAUAUGCAAUUUCCAUUUCUUCUAGUUUGUGGACUGCAUAAAAAGUAUAUAUUCUGAA